UCUUCUACAAUGAGGAGAGGAGCUGGAAUGCAUUGCGAUUUCUGAUCUCAAAGUCCUGGGUAACCGCUCAGUUUUUUAUGCCCUGUGUUUCUCAGGAAACCCUGGUGGUGUAGUGGUUAAGAGCUAUGGCCGCUAACCAAAAAGUCAGCAGUUCGAAUCUGCCACGCACUCCUUGGAAACCCUAUAGGGCAGUUCUCCUCUGUCCUAUAGGGUUGCUAUGAGUCAGAAUCAACUUGAUGACAAUGGGUUUGGUUUUUGGUUUUGUGUUCCUCAGGCUUGCAGUUAUUGGGACUCUUUGCCUAACUUGAGAACUUCAAACUACAGUUACAUUCUGUGUCGGUGCUAACAAGCCGAGGCUGAACUUUGUUCUUGUCUCAUUAGUGACAAUUCCCCUGGAGGAUGGAUGAGACCUUCUCCCAGCUGGGCUCUUGGGAGGAUGAGAGCAAGUCGACCUUGUCCCCAGAUCCAGCCAUUGGCGCCAAAGCCACCAGCUACCCCAGCACCCGUAACAGCAAGCACUUCUUUUCAUGUGUGCCUUGUGAAGGGGCUGUUGGUGGAAGCUUUUUGACUUGUCCCACCUGCCAGGGCAGUGGGCAGAUCCCCCGAGACAUGGAGAAACAGCUGGUGGCCCUCAUCCCCUACGGGGACCAGAGGCUGAAGCCCAGACACAUGAAGCUCUUCCUGUUUCUGGCAGUGCUUAUGUGCCUGGUGACUUCUGCCCUCAUCUUCUUUUUCCUGUUUCCCCGGUCCCUCGCUGUACAGCCUGCGGGCCUCAACUCCUCCACAGUGGCCUUUGACGAGGCUGAUAUCCACCUGAACAUAACGAAUGUCUUGAACAUCUCCAAUCGCAACUACUACCCCAUCACUGUGACCCAGCUGGCCAUCCAGGUCCUCUACAUGUCCCUCGUGGUGGGGCAGGUCUCCAAGAGUCUCCUUCUGCCCAUUGGCCCUUUGACCAGUGAACAGAUGUUUUACACAGUGGCCAGCAGGAUAUGGGAUGAGAAUACAUACAAAACCUGUACCUGGCUGAAAAUCAAAGUUCAUCAUGUGUUUUUGCACAUCCAGGGCACCCUGACGAGUUCCUACCUGAGCCAUUCAGAGCAGCUGGUUUUCCAGAGCUAUGAGUACGUGGACUGUCGGGGAAAUUCAUCGGUGCCCCACUUGCUGACACCUCACCUGCAGUGACCUCUCUUCUUUCCCUGUACUCUGGGUGCCUACCAGCCUGGUCUAUAUCUCCUACAACUCCCGUUGUGCCCAAGGAUGGACUGUAGUGACUUUGCACAAGGAAACCCCUGCCUUAUCCUCCCCUCAUCCCCAUACCGCAUCCCUAUACAGACCCUCUGACUUGCCACAGGAGUAGAAACAGGGUUACCCUAGUGGCUGGAAUCUGAUUCUGCCCUUGGCUUGCCUUCCAGUCCCUGGAGUGACACCUGCCCUUUCUGUGCUGAGCACCUUGCUGGCCAAGUUCCUCAAGGCUGGCUCACCUCCUGCCUGA